GCAUCUAUGACAUUCAAAACAAUUACAAAAUGAUGAAAGAAGAUAGGGAGUCUCCGUCUAGUUUGGUUACUUACCUAGAAGACAUAGUGACAACAUUUUGAGACAUCGACAAGUUUGAUGCCAGUUUUGUACUGCUAGCAACUUGGGACUCUAUGAAGGCAUCUAACAAUGAUUACGAUAAAACACAGGCCGUUACAUUUCAAGCAGUACUUAUUUCAGACGGUUCUGUAACAUUUUCAUUCUUCAUUUAUGGCCAUGAUGUAAUGCAGUGGAGAUACAAGGGAGCCCAGAACCCCACAAUUUGGGUUGGAUAUGCGAUAAAUCAAACUAAACCAUAUACCCACCCAUUUUCAUUCUCUGACUCAUCAUUGGGGCUUGAUAAAGUAGAGCAGAGUUUGCCUUCAUCGUUUGACGGAGUAGCUGGUUUGGUAUUUAAACCAUUGUCAAGUAUGACUGAUUCCAAACCAAACUAUGAUGUUGAAUGUAUCACGUGGUACAACACAAAUCUAGAAGAGAAACAGAAAAAUGACAUUAUAGCAAGUGGACUUCCUGAUUGUCCUUGUGACAUAAGGUUAUCAAGGACUGAUCCAUGGUUUUGGAAUAUUAGACGGUGGUCGCAGACACCUUACACGUGCGUCGAUAUGUUUCCUGGACAAAUAUAUCAACCGUAUGGAAAGUCAUGCUGUUACGAUCUUUCAACACAGCUUUGGACGGACAGAAGACCUGUAGCAGGCGGCUUUUACCGAUACCAUCCAGACCAUAAAGUGGAUCAUUAUAUAAAUGACGUUCAUCCAAGAAAAGUAUGCUGUGAGAUUUCGAACUACUGCAAUCUUUUCUACGAUUUACGUCCAACUGGUGCAUGUUACGGGAAAUCACCAUAUAAUUUUGGAACAUUUUGGGGCGAUCCUCAUUUCCAAACAUUGGAUGGUCUUAACUUUACAUUUAAUGGCCUUGGAGAAUACACUCUUCUUAAAGUUCAAACAGAAAAUAUUUCCUUUGAUCUCCAAGCAAGAACAGAGCGGGCAAGGAAACAAGAUGGGUCGCUGUCUGACGCAACACUUUUUAGUGCGUUUGCUGCAAAAGAUUCAUCCAAUGCUUCAUUCUAUGUGGAACUGAACAAGGCCAAGAAUGGUCUUAAUCUUUACGGAAACAAAAUAGAUUUGACUGAUCAGUACAUUUCCCAUGAUGAUAACGAAACACCUUUUUCAUAUACAACCGAAGAGAAAAACAUUAUCAUAUCUAAAAGAGACGAUACGCUAAGUGCACUGUUUACAUUGAGUGGCAUAGAGUUGAACAUAUCUUAUAGUGCAGGAAUGUUAUCACUGAACACAAUAGUUCCUAAGACGUUAAUUAAUGCAACAACUGGUCUACUUGGUAAUUAUGAUGGAAUAUCCAGUAACGACUUCAUGAUGCCAAACGGGACUGUUCUGUCUUCAAACGUAUCAGAAAGGGAAGUGUUUGCUUACGGAAAAACAUGGGCAAUUAUCAUGAAUGAUUCUGCAUUUGUAUAUGAAGACGGAACCACCCAUUUUGAUUAUCAUAAUGACAGUUAUGUUCCAAGAUUCUUAGAUGAAGUUGACGAAGAAACAAGGAAAAAUGCAGAGAAAGUUUGCAAUGGAUCACAAAACAUUGAGUGUAUAUUUGACUUUGUUUUCACCGAGAAGACAGAAAUAGCCGAGGAAGCUAAUCGUAUCAAGGGACAGGCUGAUUCAACUCGUGUUGAACUAGACGAAACAGUGCCUUAUUUGGUUGGAUGUGAUACACUUAAUAUAACAAAAGGAGAUGACGUAAAUUGCCAAGUGACUUUUGAUGACGAAACAGAACUUCUCUUUAUUGAAAACAACGUCGAUGCUCAGAUUGAUUCUGAAACUUCUACUGUAUCUUUCAAACAAUUUGAUGAAAACCCAUCAGUAGUGCGGUUUUAUGCCAAGAAUGCAAAAGAUAGAUCUUCGCCUUCAUUUAUUGUAAGUAUCAUAUUAUGCACCGGUUGUCAUGGAAACGGGUACUGCACGGACGAAAUACGUGAGGACACUCGAGAGACAGAAUACUUCAAAUAUGCAACUUGUGUCUGCAAUACAGGAUAUGAAGGAUCGGAUUGUGAGAAAGAAUUUGAUGCUUGUUCAGAAAAUCCAUGUUCAUUAGGAAGAAAUUGUACAAGAAUUCCAGUUUCAAGCCCGUUAAACAAUGGUAAAGGUUAUACGUGCGGUAAAUGUCCACGUGGAUAUCAUUCUCUCGAUGACGACAAUGAAGAGUGUUUAGAUAUCGAUGAAUGUAACCAUAAUGUGUGUGACCAUAAUUGCAUAAAUACUGACGGAAGUUACAUAUGCAGUUGUAAAGCAGGAUUUAGAGUAGAUUAUAAAAACAUCAGCAUAUGCCGAGACAUCAAUGAGUGUAACGAGGCCAGACACAACUGCUCACACAUUUGUAACAACACAAAUGGAGGAUUUACCUGUCAAUGCUUUCCUGGUUAUAUUUUCAACACGUCUUCGUGGAGAUGUUAUGCUAGUCCCGAUGAAAAAAAGUCAUGUAGUAAAAAUGAAAUUGCCACUUGUUAUCAAACUGCCGGAUGUGUUAAAGACAACAAAGGCAACUUCAGUUGUUUCUGUGAAUCUGGUUUUGAGCUAGAUGAUACGGGCAAGCUAUGUAAAGAUAUUGAUGAAUGUGAAAGAAGUGUCUGUCCACAAGAUUGUUUGAAUACAAAUGGAAGUUUUAAAUGCCAAUGUUUUAUUGGAUACCAGUUACAAGAGAAAACAACAUGUAAAAAAUGCGAUAUCCCAAAUUGGGGAGAAAACUGUUCCAAGAAAUGUGAGUGUACUGGUCAAGGUGCCGAUCGAUGUGACCCUGUUAAAGGUUGUAUAUGUUUACCUGGGUGGACUGGUAAAAAGUGUAACAUUGAUGUUGAUGAAUGUAGAGACAUUGUUGGUGAUAUCUGCAAAGACUCCCGAAAAGAAUGUGUGAACAAUCAAGGAUCAUACAGCUGUAGAUGUAUAAAGGGAUUUAUUGAAUCAUUCGACGGAACUUGUACAGAUUUUGAUGAAUGCUUAAACCCUGUUACAAAUGAUUGCACGCAAUCGUGUUCAAAUACCAUCGGUGGAUAUACGUGUGGGUGCCGUAAAGGAUUUUCAAAAAUUAACAAAACACACUGUGAAGAUAUCGACGAAUGCACACUUGGAACAGCAGGAUGUGAACAAUUUUGUGAAAAUAGUCCCGGUCACUACAGCUGUUACUGCUAUUAUGGUUACACACUUAAUGAUGAUAGAAAAACAUGCUUAAAACUAAAAGAUCCAUGUAAGGAUUUAAACGACCUUGACUGUUCUCAUUAUUGCUAUGUGAAGGAUGGUACAUUUUCCUGCAAGUGCCGUCAAGGCUACAAACUACUCCGAGACAACAAGACAUGUAUAGAUAUAAACGAAUGUAGUGUUAAUACCUUAAACGGAUGUUCAGGCGGCUCCACAUGCAACAAUACCAAUGGUUCAUACGUUUGUCAAUGUCCUAUCGGAACAAAACUUGAAAAUGACGAACGUACUUGUUCAGUAUGUGAUGAAUUUCAUUUUGGAGCUGGAUGUUCAAAGAGUUGUAGUUGUCUACAUGGUCAUUGCGACAAGAUAGAAGGAUGUAUUUGUUCUCCUGGUUGGGAAGGCGCUAACUGCGACAUUGAUUUAAAUGAGUGUACAAGGAAGGCCAAUGUGUGUAAGGGUGAUCACAUUGAGUGCGUUAACCUACCCGGAAGUUCUGUUUGUAGAUGUAAGACAGGAUUUCAAAACGUCUCUGGUCAUUGCCAAGACAUAGAUGAAUGUCAGAAUAGCACCUUAAAUACUUGCGAUCAGAAGUGCAUCAACAAAAAUGGCAGCUACGCAUGUGCCUGCGAGACUGGCUUUGUAUACCGUGAUGAACAAUGUGAAGAUAUCAACGAAUGUCUACAGGGUGAUAGAUGUGACCAGGUAUGUGAAAAUACAGUUGGAAGCUACAGGUGUAUAUGUGAAGAGGGAUUCGGCCUGGAUCUGACGGAUAGAAAGUCAUGUAAAGUAAACAACAAAUGUACAAAUGAAACCAAUACGUGUGGGGAUCAUGCAACGUGUUUUAUUGAAAACGACAAGCCAAGAUGUAUCUGCAGCAAAGGUUUUGAGAAAAAUGGACCAACUUGUGAAGAUAUUAACGAAUGUGAACAUUCAAAUGGAAUGUGUACUCAGAUUUGCGACAACACUCUUGGUAGCCACAUAUGCAGUUGUAACGUUGGCUUCGUUCUGCUGAACGAUGGAAUAACAUGCCAGGAAUGCCCAGAGGGGCUGUUUGGAGAGGGAUGAAAGCACAACUGCUCUUGCAACACAUUAAAUACAAACAAAUGUGAUAACGUAAAUGGAAGAUGUAUUUGUCAUCAAGGCUGGGAAGGCAAAUAUUGUGAGAAAGACAUAAAUGAAUGUACAAGUAACAGUGACAACUGUCCUGACAACUCAAAAUGUGAAAAUAGUGUAGGGAGUUACAGCUGCAAAUGCAACUCUGGUUUCAUAAUGGACAUCAAAGGAUUAUGCAAAGAUAUUAACGAGUGUGAAUCAAAUCCUUGUACACUAGACGUCUGUGAAAACAUUCCUGGAAGUUAUAAGUGUAAAUGUGACACUGGUUUUACAGAGAUAGAAAACAAAUGUGCGCGU